UGUAUAUGAAAACUUGAAUGAAAAGAAAUGGGAAUGUUGACUAUACUAAUAUUGAUGUUUAUGAUGUUACACUCCCAAGCUAUGCUGGAUAUUGAAGGAAAUCUUUAUGAGUUGGAUUAUUUAUUAAAGAACAUGAAUCCUAACGGAACCUGUCAGAAUCUUCUUAACAAAUUCAGCAAAUCCAGUUCAAUGUUCGUUCUCUGUGCAAACACUUAUGCAAAGCCGAUAUCUAUGUGCAGACAAUGUGCUCCGUAUGUUCUGGACUUGACAGAAAUUUAUCAGAUGUUGUCAAAUACAAGUGAAGAAGAGUCCGGGGUUCUCUGUAAAGAUAUUUUGACUGCUCAGGAUAGAGUUGAGAUUAUUCAGGAAACAUAUGAGUACAUCGCAGCAGAGCCCACUCGAUCCAACCCUACACAGGGAUUAUGGUUCAAAGGACACUGUAACAGCUGCUAUACGAUGCCACUAUCUCACAACAGUAAUCAUUCUAAGGAAACAAAAGAAUUUUUCGACAGACAUUCAAUAGUCCAAUCUUGCUUUGCGCAAUAUCCUUACGCUGAGGGAAAUUCUGAAAGAAACACUAGUGAAGCUUGUCUUGAAUGCCAAUAUGUCUAUCAGAAUCUGUCUGAUUACUACAAGUUCAAUAUUCUGGAUCAAGAUGCUCCCUUUACAGACUCUGUUUGCUUCGAUAUACUUGACGCCAUUAACAUGACGCAGCGUAUCUGGGGAGAGAAGUACAACUGCGGACCUAAACCUAGAACACAUUGGACGCUUCUAACUUUAGUUUGUAUAGUUCUCUGUACUCCAGCAUUCUUCUAUCCUGUAGUCAGGUUUACAGAAUCAUCUGCUGAGGAGCGUGUAAUCAGCCAACGUCACAUCACUGACUUUUUUGAUCAAAAUCUUAGAAGACUCGCCUUCAACAGGAGCCGGUUUUCAAGAAGUACGCAAAAUACUGAUUACUUGGAUAAUGGGGCGGGGGUGGUGGAUGAUUUUACAGAUCAAAACAAACUUACAAAGAUAUUUUGCUGCCUCCAUGAUAUAUUGGGGCAUACAUUUAAAAAUAUGUUGUGAACCAAUGAUGUGAAUUGUGAUUUAGAAGUACAAGACCAACAUUGUCCAUAUUAAAUUUGUUAAAGCUUAUGAAUGUUGAGAAAGCUUUUUCUGUGUACACUGUACACUGGACAGUGUACACAGUAACAGUGUACAGUACACUUAAGUAUAUUUACAGUCAAUAUUGAGUCCUUGUUUUAAAAGUGUAUAAAAACAAAAAAAUGCUUAUGUGGAAUGCAGAAAUGGUUCCAAAAAAUGUUGUCAGAUUAAUAAAAUAGUUUUAAAAUA